AAGGGGAAAAGGGGGACAGAGGAAGUUUCUGUGCCGAGGCCUCUUGUUGGGCGGACUCCACCAACUUUCCCCGGGGAAGAGAAGAUAUUCGUGUCCCAGUUUCCCGAACUUAGACCGCCUCACCCCGUAAGGGGUGGGCAGUGGGGGCUUGCCACCUUCACACCCCCCGCCUGAGUUACCGUCUACCCCACAAACCUGAGGCCUCAGGGGUUGAGUGGGGCGGGGGGGGUGGGGGGGCUGAGCAGCUUCUAGCGUUAGCGGUGGUCGCGGCGCAGGGAAGGCAAGAGGAGGGGGCCCGAGGAAAGGGUUCGGGCUCCGAAAUCACUAGCAGGGUAGCAGGCGCCCAGGCAGGGCGGGGGUGGGAAGUGGUGGUAGGGGCGGGAGAACAAUGCGAAAGGGGAAGAGGAAUUGCCUAGGGCGAAGCAAGCUAGUCGGGAAGUGAGCUGCCGUUAAUUAGGAAGCCGGGCUAGAGUGCGAGCGUAGAGGGGAAGAAGGGUGAAGACAAAUGAGUGCGGGAAUGUGAAUCGGCACCGGCGGGCGCUAGGACCGGGCGUCGGGAAGUUGCCGCUUUGGGGCUACCGGGGCGCGCGCCCGCCUGGAGCUGACGCGGCCGUGGCGGCGGUCUCUGGCCCAGACGAAACGCUGAAGGGAGAGGAGACUCAGCUACUUUGGGCCUCGGCCCGCCUCUCCCUGCAUGCUUCCCGGCCUAGCUUCCCUCCUACUGCCCGAGGUCUGCGCUCUAGUCCAGAGGCGCCCAGUCUUUCGUAGGACGCAAGGGGCCAUCCCCGCCCCGCUACGCACCCUUGGGCUCCCCUGUGCGCCCAGGUCGGGUGGUGGAGGCCCUGGGGGGCCCUGCCGCUGAUUGGCCGCUGCGAGCACGGAGCGGGACGCGUGGGAGACUCACGACCUCCACGGGCUUCCUAGUGUUCCCGCCAUGUCGUUCGUGGGGAGCGCGGGGCGCUCGGCUCUGACGCGCCGCCGCCUGGGCACCCCUCUCCAGCCUUCUCGGCCGGCGUUUUCUGUCUUCACUCAAGGGGACAGUCGGGGUGAGGGUGAAGUUGACGAGGAGGGAUGCGACCAAGUGGCCCGCGAUCUGCGGCUGGAGUUCUCGGUCGGGGCGUCGUCGGAGCCUAGAAAGGGUUCGCUUUUCCCGCCGGGCCGGGACGGGUCGCUGCUCCUGCCCGAGAAGCGCAAUGGCAUCUUCUCGGCGAAUGCGAGCGGCCGGGCCCAGUCUCGGCGAUGGCCCGUCCAGGUCCUCUCCAUUGCCUGUUCGCUGCUGUUCGCCGUCCUCCUCGCCUUUCUCCUCGCCAUCGCCUACCUGGUCGUGAAAGAGUUACAUGCUGAGAAUUUAAAGAAUGCAGGUGAUACAGACACUGGGCUAUUAGGAUUCUGGACCCUACUUAUAAUAUCCGUAACUGCCGGAUUCUCCUGCUGCAGCUUUUCUUGGACAGUGACUUAUUUUGAUUCUUUUGAACCAGGGAUGUUUCCCCCUACUCCUCUUUCACCUGCCAGGUUCAAGAAACUGACCGGACAUUCUUUCCACAUGGGCUAUAGCAUGGCAAUUUUGAAUGGCAUUGUAGCUGCUCUUACUGUAGCAUGGUGCCUCAUGUAAACCCACACUGAAGCAAUAUUCUUAACAAAACUUAGUCAUAAUUGCUUUGUAAUAACAGGGAAGAGCAUCAUUACCUACUCAGAAGACCGAGAAACCUGCUGUUCAUUAUGUGGUUCAUAAAUGUGUCAUAUCAUCGUCAUGGAGGACCUUCUUAAGCAUUAUUGUAGAAAUUGGGAAUACCUGAAUAUUAAGUUUCAAGAAAUUUCUUUAAAGCAUAAUAUGUUUACCUCA